AUGACCGAAUGGCCGUGGCUGAUGAUUAUACUGGCUUUCAUUAGCACGGUUCAAUGGCCUACUUCAACAGCACAACAAACAAAAGACAAUAAUUCAUACUGGGAAGGGUAUUUAAGGUCUUCUGCAAGGAAUAGGCCUAAAAGAACACGAUUUUUUGAUCAAGAUACUACUGCAACUAUGGCCAACACAUCAAGUUAUAAGGAGGAUCAAAAAGUUGAACCUGUUAUUAAUAUUAAAAAUAUAAAUGUAAGAGAUUUACCACCAGCAAAUUUGACCAAAUCAUUAUUUACAAAUGAAAAUACAACCAAUAAUACCAAUAAGCAACCCAGCACCGGUGGAAAAUUAUCUAAACCAAAAAUAUCACCCAUUGUUUUUCCAAAUCCAACAGUUUCAAUCAACAAAUUUGUACCAGAUCCACAAGUAAUCGAAAAAUGUUCAUUGAAUGAAACUUUUUGUGUCAAAGUUGACAAUUAUCCAAGACAAGAUUUAUCCAAUCUUUUUAGAAACAGCAAAUAUAUGUCACCUUCUUAUUUUGGAACAGAUACUGUAACUAAUGACAUACAGACAAGAAUAUCCAAUAGCAAUCUUGAAACAUUUUGUGAAUCAAAAGAAGAUGUAAUAUUUCCGGAAGCAGGUGUUACAAAAAACAAUGAAUGGCGUUAUAUUAUACAAGACCCAAAUAAUGACGAUUCAAGUUUUAGACAAGGGAUUCGAGUGGAGAAAUGUAUAGAUGCUGGAGCGAAGUGCAAAUUUAAUGAUCUUUUGCCAAUUGGAUAUACAUCAAUUUGUGUACAAAAAUAUAUCUAUAAAAAAAUGGUUGCUAUUAAAGAUUCUAAAGAAGUAUAUUAUGAAAGUUUUAAAAUACCAUCAUGUUGUGAGUGCAUGUAUAGUAUUAAUCCAGAUGCAGAUCUAUUAACAAGGUUUAAUCAGAAUCGAUCGGAAACUUCAAAAAAGAACAAAUACAACAAAAAUUAA